AUGGAACUUCGGCGCGUCGGCGAUAGUGAGGACCGUCUGAUCUACAACUCGACACGCACACUGUCCUACAAAUUCAAAGGACAAUCGAGACCCUGGUAUAUAACUGCCGCUGUCACAGACGUGCGCCCCCCUAACGGCAAGUUCCCAGCUGGGCGUAGCUCUAGGCUCGACUCGAGUCAAGAGCUCAGUGUUUUCGUUAGCGUUCCACGAGGAUAUGGUGCAAGUAGAGAUGGAAGAGACAUCCGGGUCUGUUCGCAAAUGAUGGGAAGUAUCAACAAAACCACCGACAAUGCGGAUAAUGCGGAAUACUCGUGCAGGGGAGUCAUAAGCGACAAAUGUAUCGAGGAAUAUGAGAAUGCAACCCGAUCUGUCCCUGCGCUCGGCCAAGAAUGCCCUGACUUUAUCUCACUGAGACCAAACUUGAGCACGGAAUGUGGGAAUCAGGUAUUUGUCGGCAAUAUUAUGGCACGGAACUUUUCUGCGACGCGCUGUUCACUCGAUGAGAUGCCGCAUCUCAAUCUUCCAGCUAAUUACACGACUUUUGGCACUGGGAAUUGGGCAGGCUUUGAUGGUGAUGGGGAUAGCGAGGAUUUUGACCGUUACGAUAGAAGAGUUCAGGAAACUAUUCCUGUGUUGAUGUCUGUAGCAAAGGGUAAUGAUAGCAGUGAAAGUAAGCUGCUGUGCAUUGCUCCUAACCAGGUGGUUGCUGGUAGUCGGACACCCAAAUCAAAGUUAGGAGAUCAAGAAGAUGAGAAUAUGGCGUCACGAGCUAGAGGCUUGGGGGCUGUUUUUCUUUGUAUUAGCGUUAUGAUAUUUGGUCUUUUUCAUAUAGUUGGGGGCCAGAAUCUGAAGAAUAUUUAUCAGGUCAUCCCCGCCCUCGACAGUGCACGACUUUACUUUAACUAUCAGUCUGGCAUUGCCAGUGAACAGUGCAGAAUGUUUAGAACGUUCGCCCUUAUAUGGCUAUGCCUCUUGAGAACAUGCCUCGCCCAAAACCCCUCAUCAACGGAAGACUGCAGCCCUAGCGAAUUUACAGAUGCUGUCGACAGGCGCGCCAUCGUCUUUAACGCAUCGGGUACCCUGCCCCUGAAGCUCAAGGCACAGAAAAGUCUAAAUAUAUGGUACAUCAGCACUGCUGUGACCGACGAACGCGACCCGAAACGCACGUUUGAUGGCGGUCACUCCAGGCAAUGGAUCAAGAAUUUUAUAAGUGUUCCCCGACCCCUUGUAGGAUCAGUCGAGAAUGAUACCAUCGGGAUCUGUUCAUACAUGUUCCAAGGACUCAACAGCAGCUCUGAGAAUCCAGACGAGGCAGACGGGUCCUGCAAAGGCGUCAUAAGCGACGUAUGCAUCAAGGAAUUCGAGGUUUCGACUCUCCCGAUACGCGCUGGGAGGAAUUGUCCGAUUUCCGAGGCUUUUAAGCUUAGCAAAGAAUGCAAAAAGCAUCUUACUUUAAAGCAGACAGUCUUGACGCGGAAUCUAUCCACGGAGAAUUGCACAAUCGGCAAGAUACCACAUCUCGAUGUUCCUGAUGGCUAUUGGACGUAUGGCGGUUCUAUAUCGUCAUGGUUAGGAAGUGGUGUCGAAUACGAUGAUUUUGACUCUUAUGAUGCAAUGGUUCAGCAGACCGUUCCAAUAUUCACGGUGGUAUCAGGCGGUGGCAUCAGUGACAGGAAGUUGGUGUGUGCUACUCCCAGCAAGAUUGUCCCGGGCAGUCGAAAGCCCGAGCUGAAGCUAGAAGGAACCGAGGAAGAGGAAGAAGAAGAAGAAGAAGGGAAAGAUGAUGAGAACACGGCGUCGCGAGUUGGAGGUUUGGGGGCUGUUUUCCUCAGUGUUGGCAUUAUGAUCUUGAGUCUGCUGUAG